CAUGCGGGGCCGGGGGCUGCUCUGCGGCAUCGCCCUCUCGCUGCUCCUGCGGCCGCUGCCCCCGGGAGGGGUGUCCGCCGGCCAGGAGCCGCAGCCCGAGGUGGUGGUCCCGCGCUGGGCGGCUCACACCAGCACACACAAGCAUCCAUCCAGAGCUGAAGUUAAGGUAAAGGUAGAAGGCCAGGAGCUCGUCUUGGAGUUGGAGAAAAAUGAAAACCUCUUUGCACAAGGCUACACUGAGACUCAUUACAGCCAGACUGGACAAACUCAGACCAUCCCUCUGACUCACACGGAGCACUGCUUUUACCACGGGGUGGUGCAGGGCUGGGAGCACUCCAGCGUCACGCUCAGCACGUGCCGAGGGCUGCGAGGACUGAUCAUAUUGAGCAGCAAUUCCAGCUAUAUCUUAGAGCCAGUUCCUGACAGCCCAAACCAGCACUUGAUCUACAGGUUGGACAACCUGAGGUUGCAGAGUGGAGCCUGUGGCUACCAGGACACUGGAGACACAGCCAAAGACUGGCUCAAGGACUUCACAACUGGGAUGAAACCACCUCUCCAGAGGGUGAAGCGGGAGACUCUGCAGGCUACAAAGUACGUGGAGCUUCUGCUCGUGGCUGAUUAUGCAGAGUUUCAGAAGCAUCACUUCAACAUUGAAGCAACAAGGCUUAAAUUAGUGGAGGCUGCUAAUUACGUCGAUAAGUUUUACAGAUCCCUGAAUAUCCGGAUUGCCUUGGUGGGGUUGGAUAUCUGGAGUAAUUGGAAUAAAUGUGAUGUAUCUGAGAAUCCCUACUUCACUCUGAAGUCCUUUCUAGCCUGGAGUAGCAAGGAGCGGGUGCACAGGAAACAUGACAAUGCCCAACUAAUCACGGGUGUGCCCUUCCAAGGUACCACAGUAGGUUUGGCUCCUGUGAUGGCCAUGUGUUCUGACUUACAGUCAGGAGGAGUAAACAUGGAUCACUCUGAUAAUGCCAUUGGUGUUGCUGCUACCAUUGCCCAUGAGAUGGGACACAAUUUUGGCAUGAAUCAUGAUUCAGCUGGCUGCUGUACUACCCCUGCAGAGGAUGGAGGCUGCAUCAUGGCUUCUGCAACUGGGCACCCAUUCCCCAAGGUGUUCAACCAGUGCAAUAGGAAAGAGCUGGAGAAGUAUCUGCAGUCUGGUGGAGGGAUGUGUCUCUCCAAUAUGCCAGAUACCAAAAAAAUGUAUGGUGGGAAGAAAUGUGGAAAUGGCUACUUGGAAGAGGGGGAGGAAUGUGACUGUGGAGAGGUGGAGGAGUGCAGUAACCCUUGCUGUGACGCCAGCACCUGCUCCCUGAAGCCUGGUGCCGAAUGUGCCCACGGCAGCUGCUGUCACCAGUGCAAGCUGAUGUCUCCAGGAACUCUCUGCAGGGAAAGAUCAGGACUGUGUGACCUUCCAGAAUACUGCACUGGCGAGUCACCUUUCUGCCCCGCCAACUCCUACCAAAUCGAUGGGGCUUCCUGUGAUGGAGGACGUGCCUAUUGCUACAGUGGCAUGUGUCUCACGUACCAAGACCAGUGCUUGCAGCUGUGGGGGCCUGGAGCAAGGCCAGCACCAGAUGCCUGCUUCGAGAAGGUUAAUGCCGCUGGAGACAUCUACGGGAACUGUGGGAAGGACAUCUACGGCAACUACAAGAAGUGUGAGAUCAGAGAUGCUAAAUGUGGGAAGAUCCAGUGCCAGAGCUCUGCUUCCAAACCCCUGCAGUCCAACGCAGUGGCCAUAGACACAACCAUCCGCACGCAGAGGACGCAGCUGAGGUGUCGGGGCACCCAUGUGUACAGAUCUGAGAGUGAAGAAAAGGAGAUGCUGGAUCCUGGCUUGGUGUUGACAGGAACAAAAUGUGGGAGCCAUCAUGUUUGCUUUGAGGGACACUGCCAGAACACAUCCAUCAUCUUUGAUUCUGAAAGCUGUAGCAAGAAGUGCCAUGGGCAUGGAGUCUGCAACAACAACAGGAACUGCCACUGCAACCAGGGCUGGGCCCCCCCGUUCUGCAACAAGGAGGGAAGGGGAGGAAGCUUGGACAGUGGUCCUCCCAUGCCUGAAGGCCCUUCAGCAGCUGUGAUAACUCUCGCAAUCCUGGCUCCCAUUCUCCUUCUGAUUGGAAUCAUGUUUUUAUUCUAUUAUCUGAAAUGCUGGAAUAAAUUUGCCAUCUGUUCUCUAAAGAAGACCCCACAGUUCAGUGACACCUCUGGAAAUGGGCAUGCAAACCCUGCCUUCAAGCUGAAAACCCCCCAGGAGCAGAGGAAGGUGAUUGGCUUCCCUGAAAUCCCAUCAAAGCCUCCUCCCCAGCAAGCUCCAGGGCUCCAAAUAAGCACGCAGCAGCCACCCACCUUCUCCACUGGCUACAGCUGCAGCCUGGGGCAACCCACUGGGCCAGUGCAGCCGGCGCCUGGCAAGGACGUCACCCGGCGGACACCCCCGAGCAGGCCAGCACCUCCUGCUCCCAAACCCCCUCAGAUCUCUCAGGACAUUUCCAGGCCCCGACCACCCCAAAGAGCUUUGCCAGCUAAUCCGAUCCCAUCCAGAGCCAGAGCCUGGCCAGGGAACAGCUCUGCCAUCUCACUGCCUCCUGCAACCCCCAGAACCACAGGACAACUCCAGCCCAGGGCACAGAGUGGUGUCCACACAGCUGGAGGAGCAAAUGCCUUGGAAGUGGGUCAGCCGGGCUCCCGCGGGCACUCCUGAAGCAAUCUGUUCCUGGCUGGCUCUGACCUUCACAGGGGACUGGAUGGCCUUCAUCACCCAAAAGAAUAAUUCAAGCCUCAGUAUCUUGGUUUCUCUCCUCUGUUUCCUCUGUGACUCAGCAAGCUGCAGUCAGGCUUGGCAGGACUGCACCCAGGCACUGUGCCGGCACACACCAAGCUGAACUCAAUGCUCUCUGCUCAUAGCCUUUUCCAUAUAGGGAUGACUUGGUUAUACAGUAUUUAAAUAUUGUUGUGCAAUAUCCAGUGCAGGGAUGGGGUGAUGGGGGUUUCACAAGUUUUUAAUCGUUUAGUUAAGUGUUACCAGCUAGAACAAGCUGAGAGUGCAGGUGCUGGCCCUGAUGUGCUUUCAUAUAAGAUCCAGACCUGUUGGUUUCCUCAGCCCAUCCCUGCAGCUGCAGGAGCACACAUUGGUGCUAUACAGAAACUGCUGCCUCUUGGGAGAGCAGAAGGCAGCCUUUUGAUAACCUUCUUCAGCUUAUUCUCAGUUUACAUUGGGUGGUAAGUCGGGCCACAAUGGGGAGCAAAGCAUGAAAGUAUUCCCAGUUAAAAUCAUUUGUGAGGCACUGUGGAUUUUGAUUAGCUUUAACAGAGCAGAUGAAUUGUUUUCCUCAUAAAACCAUCUUCAGUACGAGAAUCACAACCUGUUUGUCCUCCAGCACUCACUCAUCCUGCCUCAGUGCUGCAAGACCCGACUGCAUCCCCAGCGUGGCGCCCUCCCUCUCAUCCGUGUCCUUGGGACACAGCCAAGGUACGACAGGGAAACCUUCUGGCCAAGACAAAGCAAAUGGCCAGAGGGAAGCUCAGCAGAAGCUCAGCAACAGCCAGUGCUGAAAGCUCCUCUCCAGCAUGCGGUACUGUAGAUCAGUAGGUAGUUUUUGCACGUGUCUCCUCAUGCCUCAGUCUGGCUGAGCAGUAACUCAGCGUGUGCUGUCUGCUCCCCAUACCAGUGAGAGACCAACCUGUCUUAAAUUGCCUAGGUAGUAAAAUAGCAGAAAUAUGAAUACAACACAUGGUGCUUUUGUAGGGCAGCUCGUUUACUCCAGGUUUGUUUCUCCAGGGCAUGGCUGGAGAGAGCUGUCUCUGUGCACUUUAAACAGCUUACGGUUCUGACCCUGAAGCCUCCCCCUUCUGGUUUUGUUUUCCCCUCAUAGUCUGGGCUUUUGUACUUUUUUUUAACUGACCUUUUGUUAUGCCAAUUUUUUUUCUUCUUUCUUUCCUCUUGCAAUGAUUUCCUAGGAGAACACAGGGAAUUCUGCAGCUAUGGUUACAACAUUUCUGUUGUGUCUUGCUUUAUUAUGGACAAAUCCUCAAACCGUGUGAUUGCUGCUGCAUGUGUGAGAAACUCUGUUGUUGGCAUAAAGAAAAACAGUUGUCUGAUGGUUCUGUCCCUAGGCUGUACUGAUUGGCAAAACAAACAGAUAAACCCUAAGCACUCAUUACAUUUGUAGUUAUAUGUAGCAGUAUAUCUGCAGGAUGACUUCAACCAUGCUAGUUUUCACAACUUUACUACCUCUUUUUUUUUCCACAAGGAAACAGUACAUGUCUUGAAUUUCUAGUUGAUUAUUCCUCAUUUUGAUCAUUUGGGACCUUUUCUUACCUUCUAUAUGCCUGGAAACCAAACCGACCUAAAAUACUCCCCUCUGAAGUGAGGGAUGGCAAGUGAAAGACAUUGUCUUUCUAAUGGUUCUGUGUCUCUCUCUGCAGUUGGUGUAUAGUAAUAGAAACUUCAAGAGAGCAGCAUACUUCUGCUGCAAGCCCUCAUCUGUAUCAAAUGGCCCCCAACAAUCUCUAAAAAUAGCUCCUCUGCAUUUGAUGUGAGCAUGGGAUCAAACACUUGAAAAACGCCCCUGGAUACACAAAGCUCAGAGAACAACUGGACAUGGCCAGACUCUUAAUGGGAAACUUUAUUGCUGAAAUAUCAUAAAGUCCCCAGAAGGUAGUUUUAAGUAAGUCCUUUAUCCUUUCGUACGUGUGCAAGUUGAGCAAAUGAGAACAGGGGAGUACUGUGGGAGGAGUUAAAAGAUUAUAAACCUGAUUUUUGCUGAAAGGUAAUGUUGCUUGGGAGAAUGUAUACCAAAAUACAUCUCAUUUCCUCCUGUGUCCACGUAUUAAUGGUUUACAAUACUGCUCUCUGCGCAUCUAUGCAAAUACUUGAAUUCAUUGUGCCUUUUUGCCUGGUUUUAAUAAAUC